GUACAUGCUCAGGGAAACCGAAACCACUAUCUCCACAAGGCAGUUAAUGAGGAGAAACUGAAGCGGCCGCUCUCACACAUGCAGGCGUGGGAGAUCGCCCAUACGCGGAAGGACCCCAAGCCUGGCGAGCCCAAGUACUACGGCAAGAAGACCGAAGGGAGGAAGAAGGCCUACUCCGAAGCGUAUCUGGAGUUACAUCCUGACACACCUGACCCCAUUGCGGCGCCUCUGGACGACAUGGCGGUGGUGAGGAUGGGGCCCAAGGAGCACGGUCGGGAUGCGGUUCUCGAUGCUGUGAUCACUCCUAGUAUCUCCUACACACAGCUUCGUCGGAUCGACCCGAGCCUGAGCCAGCGCACGAGCCAGCCAGUGACUAGUACACAGUCCCUCUUUCAGGAGCAACAAUCUAUAAUUAUUUUCCCUCUUAUCUUCAUUUCUCACUUCAUUUUCCGCAUUUAG